AUGUGGUCCUGGCUUACACGUUUCAUCAGGGUAGAUCCCCUCCCCAACACCGGCUCCGUGGCUCGCGAUCUCCUUGCCUCCGAGAGAACAUUCCUUGCCUGGGCCCGGACCGGCCUCGGGUUCAUUGCGCUGGGUGUCGCUCUCGAGAAAGUGGAAGCCCUCGCGGCUCUGUCUCCGACCCUGCUGCACCUGUCGGACUCAAGAACCAAGAUUGCGGCGGGCGUCCUCGUCGCGAGCGGGAGCUUAUGCGUCGGCCACGGAACCCUGCGCUACUUCUCGACUCUCCGCCAUAUACAAGAAGGGAAGUUCAGGCCUAACACCGGCGGGGUGAGUCUUAUGGCCGUAACUUGCAUUGGGAUCGCCGUGGCGGGGAGUAUUCUGGUCAUCGAGAACGAGGCAGAAAAGACGAAAGAGCAGGAAAAACAGAAGCAGAAGAUUUGA